UGUACAUGCUGAGUUCUAGGCCUUCACUCUCAAUACUGGGACGCUCAAGUACGCCCACUUGCCCCGUGCGUCGACAAUGUAGGCAGCAAUUGAGCACCUCAGCAAAACUGAGAGACAAACCGUCUCCACCACCCUCAGUCUCUUUCUUUGGCGCUUCUCACCUGCUGUCUGCCUGAAUCAAACGCCUUUACAUAUAUGCACACCGGCGCCGCCCCCUCCCGUCUCUACCUUCUACCCGCUGUCGUCUUACCAACACCCCGCCAUCACCAUCACCAUCCUCCUCCGCACCCCACCACGCCACAAUAACAACAACAACAACAACGUCAACAACCACACCUCCACUCCACUCCACCCACCUCGCUCGCCGCCCACGCCUUGAGGCACAAUUACAUUGGAGCUCGCCAUGGCGCCUCCCUCCGCCGUGACUCCCUCGCCGACCCCCCACAGCGUCAUCCAGCUGUUGCCCAAGCUCAACGAUGACGAUCCCGACUUUCGCUUCAUGGCCCUCAGCGACCUGCACGACAUGUUGGUCGUUGGCCACCCUACGUUCCUUCAACACGACCCGGUGACCUGCGCGAAGACCGUCGAAGGCCUGCUGACUACCUUGGUGGACAGCAACGGCGAGGUCCAGAACCAAGCUGUCAAAUGCCUGGGUCCCUUCGUCAACAAAAUCGCUGAAUCCGUGCUCUGUCCUAUGCUGGAAAAGCUGUCGAACCUUCAAACGAGUACCACUGUCGACCAGUCCAUACCUUGCCUUGCUCUCCGCGAGGUUGUCGUAUCAUUACCACGCCCCGUCUCCGGCGUGCCUCGCACCAAGCAAGUUCAGGAUGCAUACACUGCUGUCAGUAAGGUCCUGAUUCCACGCUUAGUGGGCUACAACGUCUUUGCGCCGCCACAGAAAAACCUUCCAUCUGUUCCCAAAAGCAUGCUACAGGUUGAUUUGGAGAAGGGUACAGACAGCAACGCGAUUGACGUGCUGACCGAAGUCUCCCGUUGCUUCGGCCCUAUGCUUCAGGAUGCCGAAAUGACAGCUUUACAGAAGAUUAUCUUUGAGGUUUUGGAGCACAACAGGGCUAGCUCCAUGAUGAAGAAGAAAUCGGUCACAGCCAUAUCCACUUUGGCCAAUCACUUCUCUGAUUCGUUACUGAGUGCGGUCAUAUCACGGUUGAUCGAGUAUCUCCGGGAUGUACAUCUGACCCGGAGUAAAAGGAAGCUAUACAUUACCAUACUAGGAUCCAUGGCUCGUUCUGUUCCCCGCAAAUUCGGACCGUACCUCAAAACUUUGGCACCCUUCGUUCUUAGUGCAUUGAGCUCCGAGGAGCUUGACGAAGAGAUGGACACCUCAGAUGAUGAGGCUGAGCGUGACCCUGAAAUUGACGAAGUCUUGGAAGCGGCUCUUAUUGCUCUGGAAGGCUUCAUUAGCUCAUGCCCACUGGAUAUGCGAGCAUACACAGACGAAACACUUGAAGCGACCACUCGCUUACUCAAAUACGACCCCAAUCUCGCUGAUGAUGAUGACGACGACGACGACGCAAUGGAUAGCGAAGAGGAAGAUGCGUUAGAAGACGAUGAUUUCGAAGAAGAGACGGGCUUCGAUGACGACGAGGAUGCAAGCUGGAAAGUCAGGAGGUGUGCCGCCAAGGUUUUAUACACACUUAUCUCUACGCGAAGCGCCGGUGAUUUGCUCGAUGACGGAACUUUGUACGGUAAGGUGGCACCCGCUCUGAUCUCCCGAUUCAAGGAGCGAGAAGAGAACGUUCGUGUGGAAGUUCUCUCUGCCCUCUCGAACCUAGUACGCAAGUCAGGGGAUGGGCCAACACCAGUCAAAUUUGCCGACGAGCAUCCUGCUGGUGGCACAAUGGCACCCCCUGCUAGCAGAAAACGUCGUCGUGGUGGCAGCGAUGCCAGUAUGUUCGACCUUCCCGGCAACUCCUCAUUAUCGUUGGGCUAUGCAUCGCCAGCACGAGCUAGCACACCUACUACUGGUCCGCGAGCAAGCUUGUCCAAGCUAAGCCCAGAUAUCAUUCGAGGAGUAUCACAAUUGCUCAAGCAGCCUUCUUCUCCUCCCUCUACCAAGCAGUCAUGUAUCCUUCUUCUCAAAGAUAUUGUCAUCACUCAGCAUGGGGGACUGGAUGGGUACCUGACACAGAUUAUUGAGCCCAUAGUAGAUGCUGCAAAGACGAAAGGCGGUUCUUCCAGUACCGCAUCUGCCACUGCUAACAGUCUGCGUAUUCAAGCGCUCUUGCUCAUCGGUGCUAUAGCUGACACGCACACAUCUGCGUCACUUCAACCGUAUCUCGCAUCUAUUGUGCCAGUUCUCCUCCUCGGAUCUCGAGACAGAUACAGCAAGCUUUCGAUUGAAGCACUUUCGGCAGCCGAAGAAGUUAUCAAAGCGUUAACGCCUCCUCGUUCAGCGGCUUCUGGUACUCAGAAUCAGCAGUACCUUGAGCAAUUAUAUGAGUCUCUCGUGAAUCGAAUUGCGGCCAACGAUGCUGACCUCGAAGUCCGCCAGAGCGCUAUCCACGUCCUAGGGGUUCUCCUCGGACGGAGCUCUGGAACCGAGGGGUUGAUUUCCCUGAGAAAUCGUGUCGCUGGCCUUGAGCUGCUUUCCGAUCGCUUGCGUAACGAGCUUACUCGUCUGGCGUCUGUGCGUGCCAUUGAUUUCAUAGCUGCACACACCAAGGUCGAAGGCGAGCUGUCUUCCCAGUGGGUAUGCAGUAUUGCACUUGAACUUGGAGCUCAGCUACGCAAAAAUAGUAGGACCAUCCGUGGAGCCAGCUUGACUGCUUUGCGAACGCUGUCUAUCAAUCAAUUUUCAAGAGCUCAACUGGAUGGUCAAACUAAAUCACAGAUCGUGGAACUUCUUCUUCAUCUGCUCGAUACUGCAGAUUUACAUCUCUUGGGUCCAGCGCUGGUCAUUUUGGCUACUUAUGUCAAAGAUGAUGCGGGCGCAACCAUGUCCCCUCAGCUCACAAAAGCGCUGUGUGCAGUUGUACAAGGUUCUAUUAGUGGUAGCUCCUUGGAAGCGCUCCUCGCUCUUGUACGAAUCAUUGGCGAACAACAGUGCGGUCAAUCGCUGAUGGCCGCAUUGCUCUCAGAGGUUGGUAUCUCCGGCCAUCCUGAUGUAGUCGGCAAAGUGAUCGGAAAUCUUCUGGUGUAUGGUGGCAAUAGCCUUUCAUACAAGAUAGAUCAGUUCAUUGUUGAGCUGGAGACCGCUCCAGAUGAUAAGCGCAAAUGCCUAGCCCUUGUGGUGCUAGGAGAAUCUGCCUUACGACUCGGAUCUCAAUCCUCUAUUGACCCACAGCUCUUUAUAAAGUUCUUCAACCUCAAGUCAGAAUCAGUACCUCUGGCAGCCGCCGUGGCUUUGGGUCGAGCGGGUGCUGGCAGUGUGAGCAAAUACCUACCUGUCAUACUAUCUACGAUGGGUCAACCCGCUAGCCCGCAGUAUCUUCUGUUACAUUCCGUUAAAGAGAUCCUUCAGCAUGAUGGAACGGAGUCCGAGAUUAUCCCUUACGCUUCUACUCUUUGGCAAAAUUUGGUGACUGCAUCCCAAGCUGAAGACAACAAAGCCAUUGGCGCGGAAUGUAUUGGUAGGCUCACGAUCAUUGAUCCGAAGACAUAUCUUCCGCAACUUCAGGCUUUUCUCAGCGACCGGACCGAAAGCGUCCGCGGAAUGGUCAUCUCUGCCCUUCGCUACACCCUUGCCGAUACCGAUGAAGCUUACGAUGAGUUCCUUCGGCCCAUCGUCGUCCCGAUGCUUGUACAGAUGCUGAGCGAAACCGACCUUGAGAACCGACGAUUAGCACUUACUACCUUCAAUUCGGCGAUGCACAACAAACCUGAGCUCAUCCUUCCAGCUCUGGAUCAGCUGCUGCCGUUGACCAUGAAGGAAACACAGAUUAAGCAGGAGUUGAUUCGUGAAGUACAGAUGGGGCCCUUCAAGCACAAGGUCGAUGACGGUUUGGAGAUCCGGAAGAGCGCGUACGAAACUCUCUAUGCCUUGCUCGAGACUGCGUUUGAUAGAUUGUCGCCUUCGGAUCUGUCCGACUGCUUCGACCGUAUAGUCGAUGGUAUCACCGAUGAGCUUGAUAUCCGGGUUCUUUGCAACCUCAUGCUCACCAAGCUCAUGGUCAUUGCACUUGACCAGACACGCUCACGACUAGAAGCCAUUGCCGACAAGUUCCGCGCCGUACUCAUCAUCAAGCCCAAGGACAACGCCGUGAAACAGGAAAUUGAGAGGAUUUCAGAAGGCAGCAAGGGCGUACUCAAAGCUUCGGUGCUCUUGAACAAGCACAUUGGUAUUGAGAGCGGCUCUACGGUCAACGAUGACCCGCAGCUGGGACACUGGGCGGCGUACUGGGAGUGGGUGGUCAAGGAACACUCCGCAGCUCUCAAGACCGCAGUGGAUGAGCUCAAGGAUCGGGAUCUAUAAACCGAAGUUGGAAGCGCUAAAAUCAAGGGAGUGAAAAGGGGAUUGCCAAAAGAGAUGAACGUGGCUGGUAGGCGGAAAGGAUUGAAUGCAUAGCACACAUAUAUAUAUAUAUAUAUAUAUAUAUAUACAUCGCGCAAUCCAGAAUCAACAGCCCUCGCUUUUCUUCUCGAUGGAUAACGACGUACUCGAAGCGGUUUGUUAACAUGGGGAAAUCCUUUCUUGCAAACCGACAAAAUUAUCUACUGCUAGAGACGUGAACCAUAAAACAGAAAAAAUCACAGGAAAGACUGAAACCGUCAAACGCAUUUGUUUACCUAAGUAGAUAAUCCUCGUGUUUUGCGCAUUGCUAAAUCAUCUGCUCAUCAUUAACCCUCCUUCUAUUUCCUAGCAUCUGCAAUUGACGCUGCAUCUGCUGAUUGAUGUUAUAUAUCUAUAUAUAUUAACUUCCACCGUCGUGAGUUUCGUACCUACCCCGUCGUUUGAUUCCCUCAACUUGCUCCGUUUUUCUUGCCUUCCUCACAUACAUUGUCUAGAACCCCCCGCCCACCUUUCUUUCUCAACCAGAAGAGAGAUCGUAGUCAAUUACGUUUCCACCGUAGAUUGCAGUUAGAAGCAUCCUAUACAUACAUCUCUUUCUUCAAAGCCCAAUGCCAUAAAAAAGCUAGCAGUCAGGUCACUUUUCCAUCGUUCUCUUUUAUAUCUAACCCUUUUAUCAUGGGUGUGUAUGUCUAUCUGUCU